AUGUCGCAAGUCUCCGAUCUUGUCAGGGACUCGAAGCUCCCAACCAAACUUGAUGCAGACCUUACAACACACACUUUUCUCGAAUCAACGCUAGUCGCUGGUCGGCGCGGGAGACGCCGUGAGCGAGAGGAAGUAUGGAAAAAAAAACGUGAUCUCGGCAUUGGCAUCUUCGGUACUACGUGGUUGGAAGAAUGUGUCAGUCAAGGCAAGCUCCGGGCUGUUAAGGAAGUGCGCAAGUUGGUACCGGGAUCGAGGUCUAUGGAUUAUAAUCGAGAGCUAGAGGCCAUUGCUCGUUUUUCACAGCAAAAGUAUGACGGUUGCUUUGUGAAAUCAUCGGGCUGGUUUGAGAACACUGAAUGUCUGUUUAUCGCAAUGGAGUAUUUCCCUCUUGGGGAUCUGCAGAAGUAUAUGACACAGCUAUUUCGGGAAAGAGAAGCACAGCAGAUUACCUUCCAGCUUCUCGAAGGUCUUGACUUCAUGCAUGCCAGCGGGUUCGCUCACGGUGACUUGAAGCCUCAGAAUGUUUUUGUGUUGUCUACAGGUCCAGAUUGGUGGGUAAAGAUCGGUGACUUCGGGAUCAGCAAGCGCGUGAUGGAAGGAUUUACCGGUAUACAAACCUUCAAUAGCAUGCCGGCUUUUACCGCGCCAGAGGUGUAUGAACAACUAUGGGGUUCAUCCCCAGAAAGCACAAUGUCGGGAUCAGACAGUUCCUCUGAAAUUGAUAUAUGGGGCCUGGGCGUGAUCACUUACUACCUGCUCACUGGAAGGUUUCCUUUUUCUGGCAAAACUGAUCUGCUCGAGUACUACAAGGGGAACUCGAUAUUACCUUUUGACUCAUCUCAUUCCCCAGUCAGCCCAGAAGCCACAUCCUUUCUAUCGAGCAUGAUGGCUCCAAACCCAGCAGAUCGCCCUACUGCCAGAGAUGCCUUGGACUAUGCCUGGCUGAUACCAAUGCUGCAGGACGAUCCGCAACCCCACAGCCCAGACCAACCUACUACAGCUACCCAGGAUCCAGUUGAGGCUGCUUCUAAAUCACAAACAUCAUCCGCUACCCAGGAUGUUCUGCUCCCGGGCAAGAUUGACUUGACGCCUGAUGUCCCAAAGAAACAUACCCUCAGAACAGAACUGGCACAGCAAAUGCAAAACAGUCUGUGUAUCGACGGCGAUACAUAUAAGCAGAUUGUAGAUGCCGUGAAUAAUGCAAAACCGACUUCAACAAGGGCAACCAUGACGAACUCCGUCCAAAUCCAUAACGGCCAUCCACCGACAGACACUCAUUCAAUCGCCCUUUCCCAAUCUAGCGACCUUCAAUCUAUUGAAGCCGCCCACCAUACUACUCAGCCCCAAAAUAUCGCAGAGGAAUUCCCUAAUCUACCCUCAUACAACCGUCGAAGAUCCGACGCAGCUCCAAUCCCAAUCUCCGAGCUCUCAUAUGUAGCCCCUGCGCCAGGGAGUCCGACUUCGAGAAGCACAAGUACAAGUACCAGGAAUGGCUCAGAUCGGUUUUCAGAAAAGAUCAGACGGGCAUCUCGCAAUAUUAUGCCGAAACCAAAUCGAUUUUCUCAAGAUCAUGGGCCGACUUCGCCCAUUUCUCCCAAUUCAAGCUCGAGUACUAGAAGUCAGAAAUCACAAUCUAUCGAAAUUCCUCAUCGUCCUCAAUUUGCAGAGGGACUGCCCCUGUUUCCUAUUCGAACUGACAAAAAGCUGAAGGAUCGGGGGCAAGAGUCUAAGUAG